AUGAGCGAGGGCGCCUUCAGCCGGACGGGUCUGCUGGCGGGCCGGCUGAGGCCACGACUCCGUCCCCCGGAGCGGCCCCCGGUGCUGGUGUGUCCGAGCGGGCCGGCGCCGGCCGCCGCGCGCCCCUUCUCGCUGCUCUACAACCCGCACCGGUGGCCGUGCAGUCUGCUGUGCCGGCACCCGGCCCAGCCGGCCGCCGUGGCAGACUCUGCCUCGGACGAGGACCGUGCCGCCGUCACCCGUCCGCCGGCGCCGGCGCCGCUGGCGUACCGCUCUGACCCGGCGGGCGGCGCCACCUCCUCCGAGCUGUGCGCGCUGCUCUCCGAGGAGGUGCUGCGCCGGUACGCCGCCUCCGAGAUCUCGCUGCUGGAGACCCGUCAGCUGGCGCCGCGGCUGCGCCGACCGGGCGGUCCGGCCGCCGGCCAGCGCGCCGUGGUCGUGCUCGACCUGCGCGGUGACCUGGAGGAGCUGCUCUCGCUGCCGCAGCCGGCCGGAAGUGGCACCGGCCGGUCCCGCGGCCUGAUGCGGCCGGCGGCGCAGGGCGGCGCCGGGCGGCGGCUCCCCGCUCGCGGCGCCGCCCUGCUCACAGUGAGCUCCCUGCGGCCGCUGCCGCUCCGGUCCCGCUCCACAUCGUCGGGGUCGACGCGGCGCUCGGGCGCCUCGGUGCUGCCGCGCCGGCGCCGGCGGCGGCGGCGCUCGCUCAGCCCGCGGCGGGCGCCCUCGGAGGAUGACACGGAGACGCUGAUGGGUCGGCGGCCGGGCCACCGCUGCCUGCCCGUCCCCGACCGGCUCUGCAUCGCCGUGCCGGACAUGCCCACAAUGUCACCCACCAGUGACCAGCCCAAAGCUAAGAAGGGAAAGAAAGGAAAACGGGGGAAGAAGGGGAAAAGAAAAGGAAAGGGCAAAAGGAGAAACAAAGUGGACCCACGCCUGCAAAAGAUGGAGGCGUUUUCCACAAUGAUGGAUGCACUCCAGAGCAGCUUUUCUGAGAGCCGGGGACGCGCGCGGGCCACCACCGAGAAGCGCUUCAACCAGCAGCUGGAGCGGGCCAUGGCCGAGUACGGCGCUCCGGACGAGCCGCGCCUCUUCUGGCUGCGGCUGCCGCGCAGCUUCGCCACCGGCAGCUGCCGGUUCGAGCUGCCGCCCGACCUCAGCCUGCUGGAGACGCUGUCGCCCCUGCAGUACCUGGCCGACUACACGGUGCUCUCGCGCCCCAGAGAGUUUGUGUACGCGGCCGCGUUCGACGCCCACCGGCGCGGCGCCGGGGUGCCGGCGGAGGCCGUCUGGGAGGCGCUGGAGGCGGCCGCCGGUGGCCGGCUGGAGCGGCGCCACCGGCAGCAGCUGCUGCGGCUGCUGGCCGAGCCGCUGCCGCCGCUGCUCAGCCGGCCGCAGCUCUCCGGGCUGGCGGCGCUCUGCGAGCGGCUGUUCGCCGCCGAGCUGAGCCCGGCCGCCGCCGAGACGGGCGGCGCCGGCCGCGAGCGGCUCGAACAGGUCGACUUUCAGCGGCUGGCCGUGCUGCUCGAGGGAGUCAAACGGCCGCGCGCAGACGUCGCCGCGCUGCUGUGGACGAUCAGGGAUCAGGAUGGGACGGACUGAAUGAGUACCGCAUAGGGGAAAUGUCCAU